AUGCUGAAGAGCCUGAUCAAGAACGGAGAGGAGACGCCCGAGCCGCUGCGAGCCCAGGUGACAGGGACCCUCCCGGCCUGGCUGCAGGGCACUCUGAUCAGGAACGGUCCCGGUCUGUUCUCAGUUGGUGACUCGGAGUACAACCACUGGUUUGAUGGCUCCUCGCUCAUCCACAGCUUCACCUUCUCCAAUGGUGAGGUGUUUUACAAAAGUAAGUUCCUGAAGAGCGACACCUACAAGAGGAACAUCAAAGCCAACAGGAUCAUCGUGUCCGAGUUCGGAACCAUGAUCUACCCCGACCCCUGCAAGAACAUCUUCUCCAGGGCAUUCACCCAUCUCUGCAACGUCAUCCCCGACUUCACCGACAACAACCUGAUCAACAUCGUCCGCUACGGCGAAGACUACUACGCCUCGUCUGAGGUCAACUACAUCAACCAGAUCAACCCCGUUACCCUGGAGACCGUCAGCAGGGUGAACUACAGGAACCACAUUGCUCUGAACCUGGCAACAGCCCACCCUCACUACGACGACGAGGGCAACACUUACAACAUGGGAACAGCCAUCCUGGGCCUCGGACGCCCCAAAUACGUCAUCUUCAAAGUGCCGGCCAGCACCUCAGAUGCAGAGCAGAAGAAGCCGGCGCUGAGGAAGGUGCAGCAGGUGUGCUCGGUGCCGUUUCGCUCCCUGCUCUUCCCCAGCUACUUCCACAGCUUCGGCAUGACGGAGAACUACAUCGUGUUCGUGGAGCAGCCCUUCAAACUGGACAUCGUCCGGCUGGCCACCGCCUACUUCAGAGGGGUCAACUGGGGCAGCUGCCUCAAGUACGACAAGGACGACAUCACGCUGUUCCACCUGAUCAACAGGAAGACGGGGAAGGCGGUUUCCACACGUUUCUACGGCGACGCCCUGGUGGUGUUCCACCACAUUAACGCCUACGAGGAGGACGGUCACGUGGUGUUCGACCUGAUCAGCUACGAGAACACCAACCUGUACGACAUGUUCUACCUGCAGAACAUGAGGAGGGAAAACGACGACUUCAUCCAGUCCAACAAGACGUUCUCCCCCCCGACCUGCCAGAGGUUCGUCCUGCCGCUCCACAUCCACAAGGACUGUCCCACAGGAAGUAACCUGGUGACGCUGGGGGACACGACGGCGAGGGCGGAGCUUCAGGCGGAUGGCUCGGUGUUCUGCCGGCCCGACAUGCUGUUUAAAGGCCUGGAGCUGCCAGGGAUCAACUACAAGUUCAACGGCAAGAAGUACCGCUACUUCUACGGCUCUAGGGUGGAGUGGUCGCCCCACCCCAACAAGAUCGCCAAAGUGGACGUCCAGACCCGGACGCACGUGGAGUGGCAGCAGGAGGGCUGCUACCCGUCUGAGCCUGUGUUCGUGGCGUCGCCCGGCGCCGUGGAAGAGGAUGACGGUGUGAUUCUGUCCUCCGUCAUCUCCACCGACUCCAAAAUCUCUCCCUUCAUGCUUGUCCUCGACGCCAAAACCAUGCAGGAGGUCGCCCGGGCCUCCAUCGACGCCAACGUGCACAUGGACCUGCACGGCCUCUUCAUCCCCGCCGCCGCCGCCUCCGCCGCCACCGCCGCCACCGCCAUCUGA